AUGGUUGGGCAUUCUGAGAUUCUUUUGUCAAAGUGCGCUCAGUUCCGAGAGCAAGGUGAAUUCAUUGACGUGGGAUUAAAAGUUGGAGAAGAAAUUUUCUCAGCUCAUCGCAUUGUGCUUGCUGCCAGCAGCGAUUAUUUUCACGCCAUGUUCGCUCAUGGCAUGAAGGAAUCGAACCAGGAAGUGAUCGAGCUCAAAGAUGAAAACAUUUCAGCAGCUGCUUUGAAGAUCGUGCUGGAUUCCAUCUACAGCGGAGACCUUCAAGUCAACGAUGAAAACAUAUUUGAAGUUCUUGUCGCAGCCGAUCAUCUCCAAGUAACCAGUGUUGUUCAACAGUGUUGUGAUUACUUGCAAACCCAGUUUGUUGAUCAGCUUCGAUUUGAUGUGCAGACAUAUUGUCGCGUCUCAGCGAUUGCUGAUCGACAUGGUCUAAAAGACCUUCAAGAAGCCACGCAGACUAAGAUGGCCUCCGUUUACAAAGAGAUCUGUGAAAGUGAAGAAUUCUUGUCCCAUGUUGAUGCUGAUCAGUACACUCGCCUUCUCAGCCGCGAUGACCUCAGUGCUCCUUCAGAGACAUCCGUCUUUAAAUCUGUGAUGCUGUGGAUCAAGUACAAGGAGGAAGAGAGGAUGACAGUCGCGGCUAAAGUUAUCGGAGCGGUUCGUCUGGGGUUGGUGGACAUCAGGGAUUUGAUUGAAGAACUUAACACAGAGGAGAUGUAA